AUGGCUGAAAAUCCCAUUUCAGGUGAUUUCCAAAGUCUCUCCCUCAAUACAAAUGGGGGGUCAGUAGAUGAGAGUUCCCUUGUCAUUUGCUUUGGGGAAAUGUUGAUAGAUUUCGUUCCAACCGUAGGUGGAGUUUCACUUGCCGAAGCUCCUGCCUUCAAAAAAGCUCCAGGUGGUGCUCCGGCUAAUGUUGCUGUUUGUAUAGCAAAGUUGGGAGGUUCCUCUGCUUUUAUUGGCAAGGUGGGAGAGGAUGAGUUCGGGCGUAUGCUAGCUGACAUAUUAAAAGAAAACAAAGUUAAUAAUUCUGGUGUGCGGUUUGAUCCCUAUGCAAGGACUGCACUGGCAUUUGUUACACUCAGAGCCGAUGGUGAGCGUGAAUUCAUGUUUUUCCGUAAUCCUAGUGCUGACAUGCUUCUUCAUGAGUCAGAACUUGAUAUAGACCUUAUAAAGACGGCAUCCAUCUUUCACUAUGGUUCAAUUAGUUUGAUUGAAGAACCAUGUAGGUCAGCACAUCUUGCUGCAAUGGCCAUUGCCAAGAAGUCUGGUAGCAUACUCUCUUAUGACCCAAAUCUGAGAUUGCCCUUGUGGCCUUCAGAAGAAGCUGCUAGAAAAGAGAUAAUGAGCAUAUGGAACCAGGCAGACGUUAUAAAGAUAAGUGAGGAGGAGAUUACAUUCCUGACUGAAGGUGAUGAUCCAAAUGAUGAUGAUGUGGUGUUGAAGAAGCUUUUUCAUCCUAAUCUUCGUUUGUUGCUAGUAAGUGAAGGAAAGGCUGGCUGCAGAUAUUACACAAAGCAAUUUAAAGGAAGAGUUCAAGGUAUUAAAGUCAAACCGGUCGACACAACUGGUGCUGGUGAUGCAUUUGUUGGUGGAAUUCUAUAUUGUUUAGCUUCUGAUAUGAAUCUUUAUCAGGACGAGAAGCGGUUAAGAGAGGCUAUUUUUUUCGCCAACGCUUGUGGUGCCAUCACUGUGACAGCAAAUGGUGCUAUUCCUGCCCUGCCUACAAAACAGGCAGUCCAGCAGAUGAUAGCAGAAGCUGCUGCAUAA